UCUCGCUAUAGCAGUAACGAAAUGCCCUUCUCUUGUAGUACGAUACGCCAAUAUUGGACAUUCUCGUGGCAGAAUUGCUUGAGGUUACUUGUUUCUCAUCACGAACUGUAUCUAUAAACAUGUGAAAGUUGAUGCAAUGGAUACAAUAUGGAAAUUUGUGCGAAUUAUAUUGGCACUGUUAAUUUGUAAUGGGUUCGUUGAUGGACUAAUAGGACUUCGUCCUGCGGACCAAGCACCGCACAGGGAUCACACACAAAAGCCUCCUAAGCCAGUGUCUCUAAAGCCAUCACAAUUUCACCAUACACAAUUAUAUUCACCACAUGAUCUCCCUGAGAAUAUUCACAAUGCAACAAUUAUAGAAACAGCAGCACAACCCAAGAGAGAUGGGUGUCAGACUGUUCCAUUACUCCGAUGUUCAUCCCAACUUUUAAGACAUUCCCUUUUAAAUGACACAAACGUGUGCAGGGACAUAGAGCAAUAUACAAGAUGCAUAUUGGCAGCUCUGGAAGAAUAUGGAAGGCGAGAAUAUGUUACUGGUCUAGUAAUGCUUGAUGACCUUCAUUCUGCAGCAAAACACGCAUUCCGAUGCCAUGGAAACGAGUCAGCUAUUGCUCAUUUGAGGCAUAGAAUUUCAAAACGAAACGGAGGCACGUGCUGCACUGAAGGAAUACUUAACUGUUCAAUACAAACAUUCUUUAAAAUGUCAACAAACAAAAGAGAGACAUGCAGUCUUGUGAACUAUUAUGAUGUUUGUAUGAUGGAAGUUUCAGAUACGUGCCAUUCCAGAUUGUUUACAUCAUCAUAUCCUACGUUUGUUUCUCAAUUGAAAAGACAUUGCAAAGAAGGUUCGGAGAGAAGAAAACGAUCAGCAAUAUUCAAAAGCGUUUUCUCUACUUUGACUUGAAAAAAAAAUCAUUUGCUUUUGCUUGGUAAUUUCGCACAUUUGAUACAUAAAAAUCAUAAAUUAUUAUACAAAAUUGUAUCAUAUAAAUUGAUUAUCUGCAAUACUUUUCAAGGAAGAUACAUAAUAUAAUAUAAAGUGGUGUUUCUGUAACAUACUUUUUACCCUAACAUUCAAUCAGUGGAUGCUUAAUUUCUUCUUUGAUAUGCUCUAUCAAUCGAUGUGUUUUUCAUGUUCGUGCUCUCACUAUAUUUUGUUGUUGACAUUUAUGUUUAGCUUUUUAAAACUUCCACUGUGUUGUUUACGUAAGGGGGUACCUUAAAAGUUUCCAUUUGAGUGUUAGCUAAUUAUUUAUCAAGGUUGUUAAAAUCAACUCACAUAUCUACCGUUUUAUUUAUAAAAAUUAAAAGCUUGAAACCAUUAAGAACUUUGUCUUACAUGAUAAUGUUAGUGACGCCCUUAUAUCCUUUUUUCUGUCAUUUUAUGCUCUGUAAUGGGAAAAUAAUUGAAUAUUGAACUUCAUAAUAAACUACUAUUUUAACA